ACUGUCUUGCUGUUGUUUUUACAUAAACGUCAAAGUCUACAUUUGUUGCAAUCGGCGUUCCAAUGAAGUUAGUAGAAACGUAGAACUAGCUCUGUGAUCAUUGUAUUAUAAUUUACGUAAACGAUAAGUAAGAAAGUUCAGAUAAACUUUGAGACGGAAGCCUUUCUAUCGAAGCACCAUGCCUCUCCAUCGUUAUACUCAUGCAGUUCUAUGUAGAAUUCCUCUUUCGCUUCGUACAAGAGGCGAGGUCACAUUAGACGAAGCUAGAACUCAACAUUUGGCACUUGCUCAGCUUCUACGAGAACUUGACAUCGACGUUGUUGAAAUGCCACCGGAUGAAAAUUCACCGCUCUGUGUUUUUGUCGAAGAUAUCGCAGUUGUGUGCAAUGGUAUUGCACUUAUAGCACGGCCCAAUGAACCAUCGCGCCUAAAAGAGAUUGAGACAAUUAGAGCUGUUUUAAAGAAGGAAUUGGAAAUUCCACUUAUAGAAAUAGCUGACAAAAAUGCUCGUCUAGAUGGAGGAGAUGUUUUAUUUACUGGUCGUGAAUUUUUUGUUGGAUUGUCUCAUUAUACUAAUGAAGCAGGUGCAAGAGCAGUUGCAGCAGCAUUCCCAGAAUAUCCAUGUGUACCUAUUAAGGUGGGUGAUGGUGGUGAAGAGGUGAUAGUGGAGAGUCUUACCUCAGCCCCAAUUCAGGUUGCUGAAUCCAAGCGCCUUAAAGGUUUAGUUACAAUGGCUGGCCCUGAUAUUAUUUGUGUAGGUGCUGGAAAAGAAUCUCAAGAAGUCUUAAAGAGAAUUGAAAGAGAAGCAACUUAUAGUUACCAAACAUUAACUGUGCCUGAAGAUGCUGCAGCAAAUGUACUUUAUGUUAAUGGAACUCUAAUUCAUAGAUCAGAAGAUGAGAUUCCACAAUCAAGUAAAGUUUUUGCAGAAAAAAUUGAGUUUCCAACCAGAUCCUUACGUAUGUCUGAAUUAGCAAAGGUUAGUUCUGGUUUAACUUCUUGUUGUUUACUGGUGCGUAGACCCAGACAUAUUCGCAGUAUUUAAACUACGGAAUGAAGACCAGAAACCUAUGAUAACCUAGCAAACAUGUUAAAUUGCUAGGAUCAUAUAUUGAUGUGAACCAUAAAAUCAAGAAUUUAAAUAUUUCUAAUAGGAAAUAUUACCAAAAUGCUGUGCAAAAAACUAUAAUAUUGACGUUGCACGUACGUCAUUCCAAAACUCUAAUAACUACUUUAAUGAACAGAAAGAUUAUUUUGUAAUUAUUUUAUAAAAAGAUUAUCUUAAUAUAAAAGAGAUUUUAUAAUUAAGAAGAUUAAUAUAUUUGAUUUUAACGUAUUUACAGUAGAGAUAAUAUAUUGAGACUUUAUUUACCUAAUUUGUAGAUUUAUAUCACAUGAAGUCAUAAUUUCUAUCUUGCCAUUUAUAUAAUAUUUAUCUUUUUUUGAUAUGUUUCAAUUUUAUUAUGACAGCAUUUAUAAAUACAUAUUUUUUAUAUUUUCGUGAUUUCAAACCUAUUUUAUGAUUGUUUUUUAGUUAUUAUAUUUUAUAUUUUAAUAAUAUAUGAUGAACUUUUACAUACAAUAAAUUUAAUAUCAAAAUAUUAUAGUAAUUUAAUUACAUUGCACAAAAUUUCUUUUUUAUAAAGACCAAAAAUAUAAAAAAAAUUGAUUUAUAGAUUAUACAAGUAAAUCAAAAUGAAUUUUUAAUUAAGCACAAAAAGAACAAAAUCAUAAAAUAAAAAUAAAAAAUCUAAUACCAAUCUAUGUCUUCGACUUUUGAUAUUUUGUGUUAUAUUAUUAAAAAUCAGUUAUUAGAAUCAUCAAUCAUCAGUAUUCUAAUACCUUUGAAUGCAUUUGCUACUAGUCUAUUAAAAGUGUUCACUUAAUGUUCACCUAUUCAAAUAGAGUUCUUCUAUAAUUCAAUUAUAUACUACAGAGUUAAUGAUAUAUAAAAGCACUGAUAGUUAAGAGUUAACGUGCUGAUUCACAUUAUAGCAAAGUUACAUGGUUAAGAGUCUACUGAGCAAAAGGAGAAAUAAAAUUUCUGUAUAAGAACAAAUUUCAUAUACACACAAUAUAUAUUGCAGCAAGCUUAAACCGUUUUGGCAAAUUUACAACUGUAGAGUAUCAAUACGAUUUGUAGUACUAUAAUAUAAUUUCUUGAUAUUUCUUAAAAUCAUGACAAUAUUAAAAUCAGUUUAUUAUAUUUUUAUAUACUUUAAUAUGCAUGUUUUCAUAGUAAUCCAAAUUUUUCUUUCGUUUUUGCAACUCUUCUUUUUUGCAAUUAUAUAAAUUUUAUAAAUUGAAAAUAAUUUCACAACGAAUAUUUUACACGUUAUAAUAUUAUAUUUAGUGUCAUUCUGUAUAUUUCUCAAAAAAUUUUCCAAAGUGUAUAAGGCUACAAAGUUGUAAACAAAAUAAAAAAUAUAUGCUAGACGUUA